GAUGAUUUAAAUGAUGAAAUACGAAUAGAGAUCUGUGAAAAAUCUAUUAAACGUGCAGAAUUCGUGCAAAGUAAUACAUAUAUAUCCACGUCUAAAAAGUAUCCUGUAUAUGUAGAAUUUUACGGUAUUCAUUAUUCAAUACCAAUUAUUCAGCAAAAAGGACAUGAUAAACAUAUAGAUGAAGAAGUCGGAAAAAACUCACGAAUAAUGAUUCUUCAAAAUAUUCAUAGUUUUGCUAGGCCUGGGGAGCUGUUAGUGAUUAUGGGCCCAUCAGGAUGUGAGAAAACUACGCUUUUGAACAUGCUCAGAGAUCGUACAUCUAAAAAAAAUAUGGAAGGAACAGUUAAAUUGAAUGGACAUAUGCCAACUAAAGUCUCUAGAUAUUUUGUAGUCUAUAGUACUCAAGAUGAU